AUGAAGCAGCUACGCAAGCGUAAGGUCGGCGCGGAGGGCCGCGACCAGCGGCAACAGCCAGGGGCGAAAGGGGGGCGUCGGCGCACGUCGUCGGCCCUCCAGCUGCUGGCGUCCCCGCUGGUAUCGCGGUCGCCGUCGCCGGCUUGGUGCGAGAUGUCGGAGAGGGAGGUGUCCUCCGACGAGGAGGUCGACGGCGGCCCCACCGCGGAGAUGGUCACGGUGGAGUUGUCGUCGACAGAGGAGGACAGCGGCGGUGAGACCGUCACGCCCGUGGUCUCGUCGGAUGAGGACGACGACCGGCGGGCGGCGAAGGCCAGGAGGAGCUAUAGGCAGCUCAGGCGGGCCGUGGCGGGCGGCGAUUUCAUCCGAUGCGGAACGGAGGCUCCGUCGGGGGACCCCGCAGAGGUGGCAGCCAUUGUGGUCAGGCGCCAAUGGACGCUGCGACGGCUGCAGGAGCAGGAGCGAGAGAGGGCGGCGGCGUGGGAGGCGUGGCAAUCGCCACCGCCAUCGGCAAAACUGCCGUCGCCAUCGGCAAAAUUGCCGUCGCCACCGCCGAGACGGCCGUCGCCGCCGUUACCGCCGAAGCUGUCACCGCCUCCUCCGCCGGCGUGGGUGUGGCCACCACGGCCGGAAGGACCGCUGCCGUCAUCAACACCGCCGCUGCCGCGAGGACCGCCACCGUCGCCACCGCUACCGCCGCCGCUGCCGCGAGGACCGCCACCGUCGCCACCGCUACCGCCGCCACUGCCGCAAGGGCCGCCGCCGUCACCACCGCCGCCGCCGCCAGGGUCGCCAGUGGCAAGAAGCACGCCGCCACUGCCGCAAGGGCCACCGCCGUCGGCGCCGCAACCGCCGCCACGACCGCCGAAGCUACUCCGGCAGGUGUCGUGCCCGGAGGCCCAGGCACCGAAGAGGCCCACCUUGCGGAGGACGGUGUCGGUGGAGCCCGCCGGGCGGGAGAUAGCCCUUACGGAGUGUCCGGAGGCGGAGAGGGUCGAGGCGGAGAAGCAGGCCCAACGAGGGAGGACCCAGCGGUGGGCCAAGCUGAUGUGGUCGGAGGGGGCCCGCUACCGCAUUAAGAUGGCGGGCGGGCGGGCCAGGGUGUUCAAAACUAAAUAA